UCUCGAACCGUAGAAGUUUAUCGGAUUGAAGACAAACAUUCUGUUGUGAAGGGAAUACGACGUAUAUAAUAUCAACUCAAUUGAGGCUAACAUAGAAUUUUCAGCGUUACGCUAAAUAUUAAUAGACCUGAAAACGACAAAGGCUUACAUUUAUUGUCCCACUUUGGUUUUGCAUUACCAGUGAGUGUUAAAAGUGAAACCAUUGGAGAAAAAGAAAUUUACCAUCUAUAUAACAUUGCAUUAAACAUUCAGUUGCAGCGCAUCUUACAUAGCACACUGCGUAUCGCUGCUGACUUGGUUAUACUUUCGUUUUCCUGUGUAGCUGGUGGCGAAUAAACUGAAACUUAUUUGAUUUUUAGCAACAGUACACAAACCUUUGUUUAACCAAACAUCAAGUUUUGUGCCGAUAGAAGAACGUCUACAAUUUCAAAAUUGCACAGCGCUCACGCUAGAAACUUCAAACUCUUGUUAUAGUCCUACACUACAUAUUCUAGAGAGCCAACAUAAUGAGCUGGGACGGGUACAUCGAUAGUGUUUUGGGCGCCGCCAACGUUGCCUCAACUAACGCCGACAAAGCGGCGAUCAUUGGACAAGACGGAUCCAUCUGGACAACAGCAUACGGAGGUAAAGGUAUGCAAAUUCUAGCACCCGAAGCGGCAGCCUUAGGAAAAGCGAUGAAGACGAAGGACUUCUCACCUCUGCAAGCCAGCGGAAUCAUGCUCGAAACUGUUAAGUAUCAAUUUCUGCGAGAGGAGGACGGAAAACUGAUUCAGGGAAAGAAGAAAGACCACGGAGCUGUGACGUGCGCGGCCUCCAAGACUGCCAUCGUGAUUGCACACACGGCUGAAGGUCAACAGGCGGGCGAGUCGACCAAGGCGGCCGUUUCGAUAGCCGAGUACCUCGAAGGAAUGGGGUACUAGACUUCAGAAGGAAAUGACCAGAUGGUAGAACUAAAGUGCUCAAAACAGAUUGUUGUGAAUUUAUCGCCAUUAUUGUUGAACUUAAACGCUGAUCCUUGAGUUUAAUAAGAACGAUGUAUAUCGAUUAAAUUUAUAAAUUGUUAUUA